AUGGCACGACUAUCAGAAAUACCCACCAAUACUGCCGCAAGUGCUGAAAGUACAGGUACAAGUGCAGGUGCCGGAGCAGGUGCCGGAGCAGGUGCCGGAGCAGGGGCUAACCCAGCAGGGCUGCCGCAAAACAUUCCAAGAACAGCUCAGGAAAGACAGAGAGAGGAAUUGAGGAGACAGAGGGAGCAAAUACGUAGACAGAUUCAAGAACGACAAAGAAGGCAAUUGGAACAGGGUCAAAACCACCAACAAGAACCGCAACAAGGACAGCAAGCUCAAUCGCCCAAUGUUGCAGGAUCAAGAUUUGUUUCGCCAAUGCAACCUCCACGACGAAUGGGAGCAGAAGACUCGAUUAUUCCACCUGCCCCUGGCUCUGCUCUUCGCCGUGGCUCUUCGGCUAGACCAUCGCCUCUCCAGCGGCCUGGCCAAUCGCCUCGAAUCAUCAGUGGCGCAAUCACUACUACCUCAGCAUCAUUGAGGAGAACAGCAGAAAUAGACUUUGCACGAGCUAGCACGGUUGCAGAAUCUGCAGCAUCUGCAGAAAUUAGAAGACAAGUCACGACCACUACUAAUACUGUCAUACCACCAGCCAUACCACCACAAGCAGCAGCACCACCACCACCGCCAGCACCACCAAGUUCGGCAAGACCAGGUACACUCACUGGUGGCACUACUGGACGCAAGACUCUUCCGGGAACAAAUACGAGUAGAGACAGGAUUGGAGUAGGUAAUGCGGGCUCAUCGUCUUCACUUAGACGACCUGUUUUACAAGCUUCACAAUCGCUGCAAAGUGCCCGAAAACAACCUUUGGCGCAACCGCUACAAAGGCAACGACAGCAGCAACAAGAUAGAGGACGCACUGCGCCUAGAGUAAAGAAGCGGUAUAAGCCCAGAUCAUUAGCACUUCGAGAGAUUCGGCAGUAUCAAAAGUCCACUGACUUGUUGAUACGUAAAUUGCCAUUUGCAAGACUUGUGCGUGAGAUCUCGUUGGACUUUGUUGGGCCCGAGUAUGGGUUAAGAUGGCAGCUGAAUGCGAUAUUGGCUUUGCAAGAGGCAGCAGAAAGUUAUAUGGUGCAUCUUUUGGAGGAUACUAAUCUAUGUGCCAUACAUGCUAAACGUGUCACAAUUAUGCAAAAGGACAUUCAAUUAGCUCGACGACUAAGAGGGCAAGACAUGCUAUGA